AUGUCCGAUGCAUACCCAGAAUACAUUGAAGAAUUGAGUAUUGAAAUUUCGGAUUUCGAUCCUAUUAGCCCUACAUGCCAUAUACCUCUACCUGACACCAUGCCAAAACGAAAUAACGGUGUUGUAAAUAUGCAGAAUAAUGAUGAGUGGUGCUUUGGAUGGUGCGUACUUGGAGCCUUGCACCCAGUUAAAUUCCAUCCAGAAAGAAAUCCGCACCGGAUAUAUGCUGAUUAUAUAGAUGAAUUAAAUAUGGAGGGCAUUCCAGUUCCUGUACCAGUCUCAACGCCAGUAUACCAAAAAUUCGAAGAAAAUAAUCCUGAAAUUAGUCUUUGCGUGUAUAAAUGGUCCAAUGAAAAUAAACGUCUUGAGUUCCAGUAUAUAUCAGAAAGGAGAAAGAAAAAUUACAAAGAGGUUAAUCUUCUGGUUAUCUCAGAGCCAGAUGAAAUAGAAAAUCCGCGCUCACAUUAUUGUAUUAUUAAAGAUAUCCAUAGACUGGUUUAUAACCAUAGUAAGCACAAAGAGCGGAAAUACCUUUGCCGAUAUUGCCUUUAUGUUUAUUCUGAUGAAAAAGGGUUUAAUAAACAUGAAUGUUCAGGAAUAAAUGGCGCGCCACAAGAGCCAAAAGUUCCAAAAUUAGAAAAGAGCACCAAGGCAUUCUAUAACCAUAAAUGCAUGCAAGCCAAUCCUUACCGAAUAUUUUGGGACCUCGAAUGCUUAACUACAAAGCUAACCCCGGAAGAGAAGGCCCAAUUAACUCGUACUGAAAAAAUUCAGCGACAUAUGCCCUGUGGAUAUAGUUAUGUGGUUGUCCGCAUGGACAGUUUCCUCAAUUAUGAAGUUAUAAGCCACGAUUUGUAUAGAGGGCCUAAUGCAUUAGAAAAAUUC